UUCAGCAUUCAGAGCAAACGACUUUCUCGGCCCAACUUGGUUGUGGAAUUACAAAUUGAAACCGUUCUCAACGCAAUUGUUGUAAAGAGAAGUUCUUGUGCUUUUAUCUCAAGUUUACUAAUAACCGUACAAUUAAAAAAAUGGUUGCUAGCGCUAAAUUGUACAAGAAGUCUUCGCCCAACGACAAGGUUACUUUGUACAUGGGCAAGCGGGAGUUCGUCGACACCAUUACCAACGUGGAACCUGUCGAUGGGCUGGUUUUGGUGAAUGACGACUACGUUAGGAGCAAUCGCAAGGUUUUUGCCCAACUCGUCUGCCAUUUCCGGUAUGGCCGAGAACAAGACGAAACGAUGGGAUUGAAUUUCCAUAAGGAACUUAUUUUGAGUUCGCAACAGGUUUAUCCUCAACAAAAGAUUGACAUGGAUUUGUCGAAAUUCCAGCAGAAUCUAAUGGAGAAGUUGGGACAAAACGCUUUUCCAUUUGUAUUGGAAAUGUCACCCAACUCCCCAGCCUCGAUUACCUUACAACGAAAGAUUGAUGAUGAUAGCGAACCAUGUGGUAUCCAAUACUACGUCAAGGUCUUCGCUGGUAACUCCGAGCUUGAACAUUCAAACCAACGCAGCACUGUGUCCAUGGCCAUCCAGAAAGUUCAAUACGCUCCUGAAAAGCAAGGACUGAAACCAUGCACCAUUGUCCGAAAGGACUUCCUACUUUCACCUGGUCAAAUCGAAUUGGAAGUUAACUUAGACAAGCAACUAUACCACCACGGCGAUAAGAUCGCCGUCAAUGUUGAAAUCCGAAACAACUCCAACAAGUACGUGAAGCGUAUCAAGGCCAGCGUGAAGCAAAACGUUGACGUUCUCCUUUUCCAAUCUGGCCAACUGAGGAACUGCAUUUCCUCAAUGGAAACCAACGAAGGCUGCCCCAUCGAACCAGGCUCCAGCUUGAAACGGGUCAUCUACUUGCAACCAAAUUUGAUCCCGAAUCAAAACCGCCACGGAAUCGCUGUUGAGGGCAAUGCCAAGAAGCGCGAAACUUCUCUGGCUUCAACAACUUUAGUUGCUUCACCAGGCAAUCGCGAUGCAUUCGGAAUAAUUGUAUCGUACUCGGUUAAAGUCAAACUAAUUUUAUGCGAAGUAGGAGGAGAAGUUUGCGCUGAACUUCCAUUUGUUCUCAUGCAUCCAAACCCAAGCGCCAAAAAGAUCACCCAAGAAGGAGCCAAUGUCGCUGAUGAGAAGCUCAUUCAAUACGAAUAAAGCAUCAACCAAAGGAGAGGUAAAUCUGAAACAUGGCCACCAAAGUCCAAUGAUUCAGUCCUUGAAAUUAUUGAUAAUUGAAAUGUGAUCUUUAAUUGGAAUAAAUUCAAUCGUUUUACGACAAUCCAAAA